UAGAGAUGGUGCAUGCAACGUGAGCACUGACGUGGACGAGGCCAAGCUCUGCUAUAAGAAGUCUCCGUGACAAUGCAAAGGAACCACAACUGUGACUGAAGCAUGGCCUCCAACCAGCAGCAGCAGCAGAAGAAAGAGCUUCAUAUAGUUAUGUUUCCAUGGCUUGCUUUUGGGCAUAUCACCCCAUUCCUGGAGCUCUCCAAGUCCAUUGCAGCAAAGGGUCACAGAAUCUCCUUCAUUUCCACUCCUCGGAACAUAGAUCGCCUUCCCCACCUCCCACCCGACCUGGAAUCCUCAAUUACCAUGGUCAAGAUCCCGCUUCCUCGCGUCGAUGGGCUGUCGUCUGCGAACGCGGAGGCCACAAUGGACAUUCAACCGGAGGAGAUGCCUUACCUCAAAGAAGCCAUGGAUGGCAUGGAAACAGAGGUGACUCGUUUCUUGGAGAGAACAUCCCCUGAUUGGAUCAUCUUCGACUUCGCCCAGCACUGGAUCCCACCUCUUGCGGCCAAACUUGGGAUUUCUCGGUGUUUCUUCAUCACCCUUAGCCCCUGCUUCACGGCUUUCUUCUCUGACGAAUUCAGGAUGAGUUUGUCCUCACCGUUAAAGAUUGAAGACUUCUUAGCCCGCCCAAAGUGCAUUACCUUUGAGACAAAGGCUAGAUUCCGGCGGUACGAGGUAAAGUGGAUUCUCAGCUCGCAACCGAAAGUGUUCGCUAAAACUGAUAUGGACCGGCUUAUUGCAGUGAAGACAGGUUCAGAUCUACUAAUCUCCAGACACUGCAACGACUUCGAACCUAAGUGGGUUAAUAUGCUGGAGACUAGCCAUGGCCGUCCAUUACUUCCCACAGGGUUACUGCCGCCAACAGUUCAUGUUAGUGAUGAUCUUGAAAGAAACGAAGCUUGGGUUUCCAUUAAACAGUGGCUAGAUAGACACAAAAAAUGCUCUGUGGUCUACGUGGCACUCGGGAGCGAGGUGGUUACCGGACCCGGUCAAAUAUGUGAGUUGGCUUGCGGGUUGGAAGAGAGUGGGGUUCCUUUCUUUUGGACUUUGAGGACUCCACGAGGGAACCACUCAUCAUUGGGCUUGCCAGAUGGGUUCGAAGAGAGGGUCAAAGGACGAGGAGUAGUGUGGAAGACUUGGGUCCCUCAGAAGAGCAUACUAAGUCAUGAUUCAAUCGGCGGGUUUUUGACUCAUUGUGGUUGGAGUUCUAUCAUUGAGGGAAUCACAUUUGGUCACCCACUAGUCAUGCUUCCCUUCUUGUAUGACCAAGGGAUUACUGCUCGUGUUAUGGAGGACAACCAAGUCGGCAUUGAAGUCCCGAGAGAUGAAGAAGACGGGGCAUUCACGAGUGACUCAGUGGCUGACUCUGUAAGGUUCGUGAUGCUGGAUAGCGAGAAAGGGAUGAAAGUCCGAGAGAACCCUCGGAGGAUGAGUUUGAUCUUUGGAGAUAAGAAGUUAAAUGACAAAUGCAUUGAAGAUCUAAUUAACUUUUUGAAAAAUCAUAGGAACAAAAUAAAAAAAUCUAUUUGAAUCCUUGUUUUGGUAUGCAUUUGAAUCCUAUUUUGAAUUGGUAAGAAUAAGAAUACAAAUAAUGUAAUGUUGUUCGGUUUGGCAAUGUUUGGCUUAUUCUGUUUGAUGUAUGCGCUUCUCAUAAAUAUUGUAAUAAAUCUUCAGUUUUCUUGAAUAAUUA